AUGUUCAAAGACGAGAAUGUGCUCAACUGUACUGCAUCUGGGUAUCCAACGCCGAUAAUUGGGGUCAAUAGCUUGGUUCAAAAGGAAAUCUCCAAAAGCUACAAAGGCGAGAGUUUGGAUGUUACGGACGGAAUCGCAAUCAUCCCUAAAGAAACAAAAUGGGAUCAAGUGAUUGUCUGCUACGCUCAGAAUGGAAUUAACGCAGUUGCCGAAAAAAGAAAAGAAUCUAUCGUCAGCGCGACAUAUUCGGAUCUCUUCCUGCCUCACUUUUUCGUAAGAUACAUGCUCAUCAUGUAUUUUUUCUUCUUCGGUGCAAGUGCUAUCAUCCUGAUUUACUGCUACUACGAAAUGCAACGCCCUGAUAAACGAUUCGGCACUGUCGCACGAGGCGGACUAAGUACCAAACCUCUGAUCAACUAA